AUGUCCGUGUCAGCCUCGAUUCCCGAUACCUCGCUUGGCCUCACCUCCUCCGAGAUCCAAAUCCUACGGCAACAACAACAAAUUGCACUCCAGAAUGGGCAUACUGGGAAUGGCGUUUCCAGGGGCAGAGGGACUGGACGGACCAGCAACUCAAGCUCGCGCGCCGCCAGUGCGGCCAGCAGCCAUGGUCGGUUGCUGUUGGAUCCGAUGAGCCUUCGAGCACUCUCGCAUCAGUUGGACGGACUGCAGGAACAAAUUCGGAGCCGUAUUGUUUAUCUAGAGGAUCAGAUGCAACUUUCCAUCCAGAACAGCUAUGAUCGUGCAGGAAACGUCAUUCGUAACGCUGACGCUGAGAUUGCUCGUACUCGUUCCAUACUCGCCUCGAUUGAUGACUUGGAGAAUGAGCUCGCCAAAAUAGGACAUAUCAGAGAAAUUGUGAAAGCUUAUCGCGGCAGGAUAGAGAGUCUUGACCAACGUAUUGAUCAAGCUGCCCGCCGGAGACACUGA